AUGGCAUCACCUCCGUAUGGCGGCGCAACCUCACCGCCAGCAGCCUCACCUCUCGCCUUACCACGACAACGACCAGCCUUGGCACUCCCCGGUGCACCACUAUCACGAAAACCCAGCAUAGUAAGCGCAGCAUCCUCCGCGCAUCCACUGCGACAAACCUCCUUCCCGCCUGCCGACAGUCUCGAAGCUCAGCACAUGCUUGCCGAAGACAACCACCUUGCACAAUACUCUCCCAGCGCCGACGGCAGUCUGGACGAUUUCAGCGACGACAAUGAGAUCAGGAGUGCUAUCAGUGGACCGACUGGAGGUGUAGAGAAUGGAGCAGGGCUGAAACGGAAACGGAAAGGCGAAAAGCGACCCAUUGGCCGGCCUCCGAAGAAGCCUAGGGGAAAUGUGGUGAAUGGCGAGGAGGGCCGCUCGCAGAAGAGAGGAGGAAUAGCAGGCGCGAACUCCAUGGACAGAGGCGGCGACGACGCCGAUGCCGAAGGCGACGACGCAGACGAAGACGACGAAGCAGACCAAGCUGGCGCAGGAGGCGGCCGCGUCCCCCUCUACGAAGGCGGCCAAAUGACGCGCGAAGAAAUGACCACCGAGCACAAGCGCAAAAACGCCUUCUACGAAACCAUGAGUAACGCGCACAAGGAGCGUUUCGAUUCCUGGAAUAAAGCCAAGUUGAGAACGGGGGAUGUGAGGCGAUUGGUGAAUCAGACGUUGAGUCAGAGCGUGCCGCAGAAUGUGGUUUUGGCUGUGAGCGCGUAUGUGAAGUUGUUUGCGGGGAGUUUAAUUGAGGAGGCGAGGGAGGUGCAGGCGGAGUGGACGGCGGUGGAGGGGAGGUGUGCGGAUGGGAGUGCGAAUCGGGCGGGGAGGAGGCUGGAGAGGAGUCGGGUUAAGGUUGAGAUUGAGGAGGAGGCGGGUGAUGUGAUCAAGGUCAAUGGCGAGAUGGAUGGUGUUGUUAAGAACGAGCCGACAUCUCCCGCUGCUCAGCAGAUCACGGCUCCAGCUGUCAACGGCACGACGGACACGAAAGCGAGCGUCAAGGGGGAAGCGGACGACGAUGAUCCGCCGCCUCUAGCCGCUGGUGGUGCUGGAGGCCUGGGCCUGGAGAUCGAGGAACAUAAUCGUGGUCCGCUUUUGCCUGAUCAUUUGCGUGAGGCGCUACGACGGUAUAAGAAACGGAGGGCGGGUGGGCCAGUGGGUUUCACGGGGUUGAGCUUGGAGGGGGCGCAGAAUACUGCUCCCCGGAUGGGUGGGCGGAGGUUGUUUAGGUGA